CAGCCCGGAAGUUGCUCACGCCCCACACCCUGCCGGAACGCCGGGUGUGGGGUUGUCAUAGGGUCUCAAAGGCCCAGUGGCGGCCGCCCUGGGGAGGGGCGCGGUCCACAGCGGCCUUAGGACCGGGGUAGGCCGCGGCGCACAGCGUGCGACGCGGGGUAACGGGAACCUCGAGUCCCGCACUAAUUGGAGCCGACUCGGCGCUGGAGGGAUCGGCGGGAAAUGGCGGACGAGGCGUUGUUUUUGCUUCUCCAUAACGAGAUGGUGUCCGGAGUAUAUAAGUCCGCCGAGCAGGGGGAAGUGGAAAAUGGACGGUGUAUUACUAAGCUGGAAAACAUGGGGUUUCGAGUGGGACAAGGAUUGAUAGAAAGGUUUACAAAAGAUACUGCAAGGUUCAAGGAUGAAUUAGACAUCAUGAAGUUCAUAUGUAAAGAUUUUUGGACUACGGUAUUCAAGAAACAAAUUGACAAUCUAAGGACAAAUCAUCAGGGCAUAUAUGUGCUUCAGGACAACAAAUUUCGACUACUCAUUCAGCUGUCUGCAGGAAAACAGUAUUUAGAACAUGCAUCCAAGUAUCUAGCGUUUACAUGUGGCUUAAUCAGAGGUGGCUUGUCAAACUUGGGAAUAAAAAGUAUUGUGACAGCUGAAGUAUCUUCAAUGCCUGCCUGUAAGUUUAAUGUAUUUGUCUUAUAUAUACAUAUAUAUUUCACUUUCUCUUUUAAACCUAGAGGAAACUAAAAAUGUUGACACCUUCACUUCAGUGUCCUGUAUCUCACAUUUAUGUAUUAUCUUCUCCCUGAAGCUGCUAAUGAAGAAUAAGAUUGAGUUGAAUUUUACUGUAUUACUUUUCUGCCCAUUGACAAAGUAGUAAUGAAAUACUCAGACUCACCAAGCAUGGUGACUCACACCUUCAAUCCCAGCAUUCAGGAAACAGAGGCAGGUCAAUCUUGGUAAGUUUGAAGCUUGCCUGAUCUGGUCAACAUGCUGAGCCCCAAGCCAGGGCUACAUAAAGAAAGGGAGGGAGAGGGGAGAGAGAGAGAAAGGAAACAGAGAUAUAGAGACAGACCUAGGAUGUAGGAAAGACACCUCCUCAUAAAACAGAUAAUUAUGCGGUGGGCUAGACUUUAUUGAAUACCUUAAGGACUGUGAAAAGACCUCUGACAUAGCAAGUUCUUUUUUUUUUUUUUAAGAUAUAUUUAUUUUAUUUAUAAGUACACUGUGGUUGUCUACAGACACACCAGAAGAGGGCAUCAGAUCCCAUUACAGAUGGUCAUGAGCCACCAUGUGGUUGCUGGGAAUUGAACUCAGGAACUCUGGAAGAGCAGCCAGUGCUCUUAACCAUUGAGCCAUGUCUCCAGCCCCAUAGCAAGUUCUUUGAGUGAAACGACUUCCUGAAUAGACAUGAGUAUGUGUGCUUGAUUUCCUUAGGCCUGAAGUCAAAGAAUAAUGGUUGGUUCUGCUUCCCUUUCAGGCAAAUUCCAGGUGAUGAUACAGAAGCUGUAGAGUGAGGUGAUGGCUCCUGGGCAGAGCAUUGCGCGUCCUGAUUUCACCUUCUCGUUGGAUAUCUGCGUUGGAGCAAAUCGUUAGCUCUCCAGAGUCACUAGAGCAAAUCAAAGUAGAUACAGGUCCUUUGACAUAAACUAACUGAACUGUUCAAAGCAAUUUCAGUGAACUAAACGCCAAGAUGCCAGGCUCUUCAUUUUAAACAUCUUUAUUUCCGUAGUAUGAUAAGCAUUUAACCAUCAAUUGGGAAGUGAAACUCAGGGUGUGUUGAAUUGCUGUAUAAAAAAGUACGUGUCAAUCAGAAUAGUUUGUGUUCAAAUGACCAAAAUUUGUUGAAGUAUAAAUCUGUUUUAGUUAUUUAAAACAAACCACUAUGUUAAAUUAAGCUUCAUUUUUAUUGUAUUGCUUAUAAUUUAUUUCUGUCAAGAGAACUCCUAUGCUUAUAUAAGGAUUUCAUUUAUACAUUGUGUAUAUAUGUGUAUAUAUAAAUACAUGCAUUACUGUCUAAA